AGGAGGAUCACUUGGUUUUUUUCACGGCUGAUGAAAUAAAAGAUGAAACAUGUGAUUGUCAGAGGAGAGCUGACGAGUGGGUCAGACAGAGACAGACGGUCUACCUGGUCAUGGAUCUCCUGCUGAUGCUGUUGCUGUUGCUGUGGAGCUCAGGACUCCAGGCUGAAGAUGAACACCAAUCAACAGAGCCUGUCAGGUUGGUGGGAGGAGCCAGUCGCUGUGCAGGUACACUGGAGAUGAAACAGGGAGAGUGGAGACCAGUGAGUGACAAUGACUGGACCCUGAAGGAAGCAGCUGUUGCCUGCAGAGAAUUGGACUGUGGCUCUGCUGUUUCAACAGGAAGCAGCUAUGAGUCCUUAGACAGACCUGUAUUGAGGAUCAGACGUGACUGUCUUCGGUCUGGAUCUACACUGAGGGACUGUGUAUCAUCACCAGGUUCCUCUUCCUCCAUGGUGGUGGAGCUCACCUGCUCAGACUCUGUCAGGCUGGUGAAUGGGACUAGUCUGUGUUCAGGCAGACUGGAGGUGAAGUCUGAGCAGUCGUGGUCCUCAGUGUGUGAAGCUGACUUUGACCAGCAGGAUGCAGAGGUGGCCUGUAGGGAGCUUGGCUGUGGGGCUCCUUCAGUCCUCCAGGGGGCGCUCUAUGGAGAAGUGGAGGCUCCAAUGUGGACCAAAGAGUUCCAGUGUGGAGGCAAUGAGUCUGCUCUCCUGGACUGUAGAAGAUCAGACUCAGCUAGAAGAACCUGCUCACCUGGUAAAGCUGUUGGACUCACCUGCUCACCAGAGAGUGUCAGGUUGGUGGGAGGAGCCAGUCGCUGUGCAGGUACACUGGAGGUUAAACAGGGAGAGUGGAGACCAGUGACUUACAAUGUCUUUCGCUGGACCCUGAAUGAUGCAGCUGUUGCCUGCAGAGAAUUGGACUGUGGCUCUGCUGUUUCAACAGGAAGCAGAUAUAAGUCCUCAUACAGACCUGUAUGGAGGAUCAGACCUGACUGUCUUCAGUCUGGAUCUACACUGAGAGAAUGUGCAUCAUCAGAUUCCUCUUUCUCCAUGGUGGAGCUCACCUGCUCAGACUCUGUCAGGCUGGUGAAUGGGACUAGUCUGUGUUCAGGCAGACUGGAGGUGAAGUCUGAGCAGUCGUGGUCCUCAGUGUGUGAAGCUGACUUUGACCAGCAGGAUGCAGAGGUGGUCUGUAGGGAGCUUGGCUGUGGGACUCCUUCAGUCCUCCAGGGGGCGCUCUAUGGAGAAGUGGAGGCUCCAAUGUGGACCAAAGAGUUCCAGUGUGGAGGCAAUGAGUCUGCUCUCCUGGACUGUAGAAGAUCAGACUCAGCUAGAAGAACCUGCUCACCUGGUAAAGCUGUUGGACUGACCUGCUCACCAGGGCCUGUCAGGUUGGUGGGAGGAGCCAGUCGCUGUGCAGGUAGACUGGAGGUGAAACAGGGAGAGUGGAGACCAGUGGGUUACUCUGGCUGGACCCUGAAGGAAGCAGCUGUUGCCUGCAGAGAAUUGGACUGUGGCUCUGCUGUUUCAACAGGAAGCAGAGAUGAGAUAUACAGACCUGUAUGGAGGAUCAGACCUGACUGUCUUCAGUCUGGAUCUGCACUGACGGAUUGUGUACACUCAUCACUUACCUUUACCUCUUCCUCCAUGGUGGUGGAGCUCACCUGCUCAGGCCAGCAGGGGGCAUAAGUCAGACCCACAGGAGAACAUUGAGCUGGAUUAUUAUAACCGGGGUGUUUCCAGAGCUGAAGGAAAGCCGGCUGGAGAAGAAGGAGCUCGGGGAGCAGAGUAGGACCUCCGAGGAGCCACACAAACCCUCUGAAGAAGAAAAUCACGUUUGGUUUCAUCUCUCCUCUCAGUCUGACAGGUUUUUGCAGGUCAGCACGGCGAGGAAUGACGUCCAUAUUGUUCGAUUCCACAGCUUCUGAUUUCCAUCCAGCACCAACGCUCAGUGCCAAAACAGGAAGUAGUAAGACCUUUAUUAAAACCCCUAGAAGAAGAGCAGAGAGGAGGUCUGAUUGGACCAUUUGUAACAUAAUUAUCUGUUUAUAAUUAUAGUUUGACAGAAUAUUAAUCUCUCGUGUGAACAGCUUUAACAUUUUACUUAACCCUUUAUAUACUGUUUAUAUUAUCUCCUCUCAUACUGUUCAUAUUCUCUCUUCACAGUUUGUUCUCCUCUUAAAAAGUGUUUAUACCAAACAUUGAAGCACAGAUGUGUUUAGAAAAGCAUCAAUAGUGGAUCUGACUGAUCAAUAAAUGUGAUUAAACAUUGAUUCAUGUUUCAGAGAGCAGAGAGAGUGUAUUUUUUAGCUUUUACACCACUAAACAGCUCCUAUCACACAAUAUCAUUUUGGGCCACUUUAGGAAAAGUCAUCAAAUUUCACAAUAAAAGACAUUUGCAGUGUUUUUACAAGCUGUUAAAUGUCAAAACGGGUCAAAUUUGACAGAAUGUAAGAAUUGAAUAUUUACAUGAAUCCAGAGUUUUAUGAUCUCAUCUGGAUAAAUGUUGAGUCAAGAAAUCAUUUAAAAAAUCUAUCCGCAUGUUUGAUGAGUUUAUAUCUUUGUUUCUUCUCUUCCUUUUAUAGACUAUAUACUACUUAUUCAGCUUAGAUGUGUUAUUGAGUUAUUGAACUUUUUGAAUUAAUGUAACCGAACAAAAGGAAAUAUUUAGUGAAAUGAAGUGUUUUAUCUUUGUUCUGCUGUUUCCAAUAAAUAAAUCUGAUGUUUGACAGAA